AUGAUGCCGACUCAACUUGUGGGCCAGGAUAACCAUUCAAAUGAUGUCAGGGUGAAAACUGUGUACAGUGGUGAUGUAUUUAUCACCUACAUCAAUCAUAAUAUCACAUUAGAGGAGUUCACUCAAGAGAUGAUGGCUAUUUGCCGAUUUGUUCCUGAUCAGGUGUUUACUAUGAAGUGGGUGGAUGAAGAGGGCGACCCGUGUACAAUAUCUACGCAGUUGGAGCUAGACGAGGCGCUGAGGCUGUAUGAGCUGAAUCGGGACUCGGAACUAACAAUUCACGGCAAACCUGAACGCGUGUGGCGGUCGCAUGCACAGGCGUCAGUUGUCAGAGCAAAGGAUACUGUACGCUUGAUAGUGGCGUAUAUAUCCCAAGAGGAUUUAGGAAGGCCGUUAAAGUUUGAGCGUUCCAAACCGAGAGUAAAUAAAACAGGAGGCGCCCAAACUUGUAAGCAAACAGGGGCGGAGGAACUUGCUCUAAUAAAGUACAAACAUUGCGGAACGCUUUGGUGCCCAACGUGGGCCAAGUUUGCUCGGCAAUGC